AUGGUCUACCAGACUUUAGCAGUUCUGAUUGUCAGAAAUUCUCCACUUUUUCCAUGGCCCGAGUCUACGGCCGCACGUGAACAAUUUUCUGAUUCUGUUUUGGUCUUGCCAGAGAAUGACCUGUGGACGUUUUAUGAUGUGUACAAUCAAACUGAGUCUCUGGUAGUCUACGUUGACCUGCGUUUUGAAACAUGUCCACUCCAACUUUAUGAACGCAACCUCCUGGCUUACGUCACAUUGUCCACACGACCCUGUCCAGACUUUAACGACGAUGAGUUGGAUUCAGCCUUGGUCAGGCUGCACACAGGCCACCUUGACCUAAUGAUGUUUGCUUCGGAUUUUUUAAAUUCCUGGGAGGCGCCCCCCAAUGUCACGGCGUCCUUCGCAUUGCUGUUUGAUGAAUCAGGAGAAGAGUUUGUCUACAUGUCCAACCUGCAAUAUGAUAAGGACCUGGUCUACCACAUCUCUGUGCCUCUGGUCAGUUGCAACUCUUCCCUGAACGUAACCUCUCUAGCGGCCAACACCAACAUCCAAGACAUAUUUGUCAUCGCCAGCAGCCAAUGCAUUACGUCUCUGCUUAUUGCGUUUUCCAAACUUGACCUACCGAGCAGCAGGUUUCGUUGGCUCGUCUACCCAACCAGCAUGGAUCAAAUCCAUAACCUUUGUGUCCUGUACCCUGACAUCUGCGACAAGAUUCAACCGGUGUUGAUGUUUCAGAAGAACCCAACGAAAAUUCCAUUUCGUUCCAUGCGAGAGAAGAUCUCAGGUUUUGUCACCAAUGCUGUCAUGUACUUUACAUCUUUCUAUGAAAAUGAUGACAUAAAACGGUCACGUGAUACCAACACCACCACAUCUGAACCAGACGUUAUGACAUGUUCACAAAAUUGUUCCUAUCUCUGCAAGGCUUGUCAGGACUUGUUUCAAAUGGCCAUAAGAAAGGAAAAAAAUAAAACACAAUCAAGCGCGACAACCGGAGUCACGGCCCAGAGACCAAGACUGAGUAAAGGUUUCCCUGCCAUGACAACCGAAGAUCUACCCUGUUACCUCGACAUGUUCGAGAUGGCAGCUAGGAGAGACAAGGUUCUAGAAGAAGACUGGGUGGCACAGCUGCAGGAGAAAAUAACACCUAAACUAAGGCAAUUCCUAACACAGAGAAGAUUAGUGGACUGCACUAACUACGAGAAGAUAAAAAAAGAGCUCUUAGACUAUGUGGGAAUGACGGAGGAAGCCUGCAGGAAAAGAUGGCAUGAGACUGUCCCAAUUGAAGAUGGCCCAAGAGAAUUUUUUGUGGCAUUACAAAAGAACUUCCGACAAUGGUGCGAGGCGGCGAAAAUAGAACGAAACUUUGAACAGCUGGAGGAGUUAAUAUUGAAAGACUCUAUACUCAGUGCCCUAAACGAGGAGGUAAGAGAAGAGAUCCUAGAUAAAGAACCUGAGUCGUUGGAAAAGCUAGUUGAUUUGUUGGAGAACAGAAAGAUAAUCUUCGCCAGUAAAAGCAUUUUCAAGAAAUCGAGAAUUUAUCAGGCCAACGCAGUGAGUGACAGAAGAGAUUUGAAUAGGCAAAAUUACCGCUACCAAACCAGCCCUAGCAGCGCAAACUACAUCAGGCCAAACAUUGAAUACCAUGAGCCCAGAAGAAAUUUCGUCAGACCCCGCUAUAGCAAUUCUUACAACAGAGCAAGAGGGCGAGGGAAUAGGCCAAAUUACACAUUCAGCAACCAAGUUAACAACAGAAGAAACAACUAUGGAAAUGGAAUGUACCAGAAUAACCAAGGAAGGUAUAGGAAUGAGACUAGAAGGAACUACUCCAAUCAAGCCGAAUGUGCCGUGGUGCAAUUGCCUGAUAGACAAGGGACUUGCAAUCUGAUCUACCAUAAUCCAGAAAGUGUGGCUAACUUCAUUAUAAACGACAAGUCUAUUGGAUCACUAAACAUAGAAGAAGGAAAGCUGAAUGGAAGAAAGGCGUCGAUCCUGAGAGACAGCGGCUGUAGCGUUAUCGCCGUAAGAGAGACACUUGUCAAUGAAAAAGAUAUUUUGCCAGAGAAAUGCUCCUUGUGCUUAGCAGACGGACAAGUAUUUAUAUACAAAACCGCAAAGGCAAUGCUUGACACACCUUACCUGAAAGGAGAAUUCAUCGUCGUGCUAUUUCCGGAGCCGGUCGCUGAUGUGUUAAUAGGCAAUGUGAAAGGUCUGUUUGUGUCAGCCGUAGAGACGAGAGGAAUGAAGGACAAAGAAAGGGAAGAAACUCAAGUAAAGACGCCAAUCAUAGGAACAAGUAUAGAAGGGAGUCUAGAGAAGGAACAACAAGAAGAUGAAACUCUGGCACCACUAUGGAGAAAAUGCAACCUGCAAACAACACAAGUGACUAAAGAAGCAAGUAUUAUGUUUGUCAGAAAGAAGAGCUUGCUUUACAAGAGAGUUACGUCCCUUACAGAACCUCAAGUAGUUAAAGAUCUUUUAGUUGUUCCUAAGUGCAGACGUAAAUUAAUACUGGAAAACGCCCACAGCUCACCACUGGCAGGGCAUAUGUCUGUAAAGAAAACAAAACUUCGUAUCUACUCUGAAUUUUAUUGGCCAGGGGUCGACAAAGAUGUAAAGCAGUUGGUAAGGUGCUGCGACCCAUGUCAGAGAGCAAAAGUUCCAGGGAGAGCUGGUAAAGCAGUGCUGGGGAAGAUGGACAGACAAGGUGUACCCUUUAAGAAAAUCGCAAUAGACCUGGUUGGACCUCUUCCUAUGACAGAAAGUAAACAUAGAUACAUCCUAACUAUAAUAGACACAUUCUCCAGAUGGCCUGAAGCUGUACCGUUGAGAAACAUAGAGACAACUACUGUGAUAGAAGCUUUAUAUUCGGUCUGCACUAGGAUUGGUUUUCCAGAGGCCAUUCUCUCUGACAAUGGUUCUCAAUAUGGUUCAGAUUUAUACACAGAAGUCUGCAAAUUCUUCAAUGUGAAGAUAAUCAAGUCCUCGCUAUACCACCCGGCCUCGAAUGGAUGCGUAGAACGCCUACAUGGUUCACUUAAGAGCAUAUUAAGAAAGCUGUGUUCUGAACGAUCUAAAGAUUGGGACAAAUACUUAGCCUCGGCAUUAUUCGCUAUAAGAGAAUUGCCCAACGAUACAACAGGAUUUGCACCCUACGAACUUGUAUUUGGAAGAAAAAUUAGAGGGCCGAUGGCAAUUUUGAAGAAACUUAUGACCAAAGAAAAAGAAGUUGACACUAAUUAUACUAACUUGUUUGAAUAUCUUGAGGAAUUAAAAGAAAGACUACAAAGUACAGCUAAGAUUGCAUGUGAUAAUGAAGACACAGCGAGAUUAAUCAAAUAUUACACCCCAGUUGAAGUAACAAGUACUGUUGCCAACAGUAGCUGUAAGAGUAACAUUUUGUCUGCUGCAUUUAUUGGAGUCGUGGAUGAAUAUGACCAUGAUGAAACAGGGCAAAUCAUUGAUAAUGAAAUAGAAGAAUUAAAACUACCGGAAAUGAUCCAUGGAAAUGGAGAAAUAAACCAAAGGGCAAUAACCAUUAAUAAAGACUUAAACCAAACUCAGAAAAAUGAAGUUGAAAAACUCCUUGAAGACUUUGCACACGUAAUAUCAGAUGUACCAGGAAAAGCGAAAGUGGAGCCCUUUAAAAUAACUCUAACAUCGGAUAAGCCUGUCAAUUUAAAACCUUAUAAUGUACCAAUGGCAUUGAGACAAAGGCUACAAGAAGAAAUUGAGUCGAUGAUUAACAUGAAUAUUAUUGAAGAGAGUGAAUCGCCUUAUGCAUCUCCUAUGAUCUUAAUCAAAAAGAAAGAUGGAACCUUGAGACCAGUUGUUGAUUAUAGGCAAGUAAAUUCCAUAACAAAAUUUGAUGCAGAAGUCAUACCAGAUCAAGAAGAACUAUUUAUCACACUAAGGAAAGCUAAAUAUUUUAGUAAAUUAGACCUAACAAAAGGUUACUGGCAGGUGCCAUUAGAAGAGAGUAGUAAGCAGUACACAGCGUUCAAAGUACCCAAUGCACACUAUCAAUUCAAAUAUCUCCCAUUUGGUUUAAAAAACAGUCCUAGUUUCUUUAACAGAACAAUGCGUAGAGUGCUAAAAGGUUUAGAACAAGUAGUUUGUUAUUUUGAUGAUCUUUGUGUGUACAACACUGAUUGGCAGAGUCACAUGCUCUCGUUGAGACAGGUGCUUGAGAGGUUAGGAGAAUUCAAUCUUACUGUUAAGCCUAACAAGUUACUCAUUGGGUUCCAAACUAUUACAUUCCUAGGCCAUAAGAUUGGCCAAGGCUUUCUUCAGCCUGAAAAUUCCAAUGUCAAUAAGAUGCUGCAGCUACGGUACCCUAAAACAAAGAAGGAAACCCGAUCAUUAUUAGGUCUGCUCAAUUAUUAUCGCUCCUUCAUUCCAAACUUUUCAAGCUUGUUGUCUCCCUUUACUGAAAUUCUUAAAAAAGGGCACCCUUCUAAAGUUGCUAAGACUGUGGAGGGGGAGGUUGCAUUGGAGCGUAUACAAAGAUACUUGACUUCUCACCCCAUUUUAAUGUUGCCUGAUCCGGAUAAAUGUUUUUAUCUACAGUGUGAUGCUUCGGACAAGGCUGUUGCAGUUGCUGCUCUACAGUACGUGGGAAACAAAUUGCAUCCUGUCAGUUUCCUCAGCAGAAAAUUACUCCCUCGUGAAUGUAAAUACAGCAUAAUGGAGCGUGAGUUGUUAGCAUUAACAUGGGGAAUUAAGAAGUUGGAACACUUCUUGUAUUCACGUAAGUUCAUUGUUUGGACUGAUCACCUGAAUCUCAAGUAUCUCAAGUCUGCAACCACCAAUGCUCGCAUUGCUAGAUGGAUAUUAUACCUUAUGGACUUUGACUUUGAAAUUCAGCACAUUAAAGGUACAGACAACUUUUGGGCUGACCCAUUGUCUAGGCUGACAGUUUGA